UGGAUUUCAUUUUGACCAAUUGAAUCAAUGAACCCUAAAUGAACGCGGGAAAUUACGUACACAAAAGACCAGACGGCUUCCGGAACAGAUGUGAUCAAAGUAAACACUGAUUUCCAUGGACAAUUUUCAGAAAAUAGAGAAGAUUGGUGAAGGAACAUAUGGUGUGGUGUAUAAAGCACGAGAUAAGACCACCGGACAACUUGUAGCUUUGAAGAAAAUCAGAUUAGACACUGAAUCCGAGGGAGUUCCAAGUACAGCCAUUCGUGAGAUUUCCCUCCUCAAGGAGCUCGACCAUAACUGUAUUGUCAGGUUACUAGAUGUGGUCCACAGUGAGCAGAAGCUUUACCUAGUGUUUGAGUAUCUGAACCAAGAUCUCAAGAAAUACAUGGACAGCUGUCCAGCCUCGGGGAUACCAUCUUCUCUUAUUAAGAGUUACAUGCAUCAGCUGCUACAGGGUAUAGCCUACUGUCAUUCACACCGUGUACUGCACAGAGAUCUGAAGCCACAAAAUCUGCUGAUUGACGUGGAGGGAAAUAUCAAACUGGCAGAUUUUGGACUGGCGAGGGCAUUUGGUGUACCAGUUAGAACGUAUACUCACGAGGUUGUGACGCUGUGGUACAGAGCUCCUGAAAUCCUUCUGGGAAGUAGAUUCUAUUCAACGCCCGUAGAUCUCUGGUCCCUUGGCUGUAUCUUUGCAGAAAUGAUGACAAGACGUGCCUUGUUCCAAGGAGAUUCAGAAAUUGAUCAGCUGUUCAGGAUAUUCAGGACACUAGGUACUCCAGAUGAGAGUGUAUGGCCUGGAGUUUCCCAGCUUCCUGAUUAUAAGUCUUCCUUCCCUAAAUGGCCCCAGCAAUCAAUCAGCAGUAUUGUACCUCACCUGACAGGAGAUGGACUUGAUUUGAUGGCGAAAAUGCUUAAAUAUGAACCAAGUCAGAGGGUAUCUGCUAAGAUGGCUCUCAAUCAUCCUUACUUUAAUGGAGUUUGUAAACAGAGGCCCCCACAGAUCUUUAAAUGAAGCCAUGGAGACACUGUCUUGUUAAACUGAGCCUCCCUCUGCGAAGUAAAUAAAACGUCUACAUGGAAUUAAGUCAAUUUUUGCUGCUUCACUAACAGACUGUGAUAUGAAACCAUGUUUGAAUUAACAACAUGUUUAAUGAAUGAAUUUUGAAAUGGCCAUAAUAUGUAACUAGCAUGGCUAGAUUUACAUUUUAGUAUAAUUUGAUGCCUAUUGCUCUCAGGAUUAUGAUUUUAGUUAUUUGCUGUUUUAAAUUGUAGAUGACAGAAUAGUAGAUUUUUAAAUGAAUCGGAAAUAAUUUGGUUGCAUAUUGGGUUUAUUUUUUUUUUUUUAAUGAAUAUGUAAAUAUGUUUUUUGUAUAUUUACAUUUAUAUGAACAUUUUGUUUAACUUCAACUUGCUGUAAAUUCUGAACUUGUUACAUAUGGCAUAUUUAGGUGUUCAUAUGCAGUAAUUGUACUAUUAUGCUAUUUGUUGAAUAUACACAAGUAUAUUAUUUUUUACACUAUUUUGUUUAAUAAAUGUAAACAUAUUG